AUGGGCGUUAAUGGUCUAUGGGCUACCCUCAGUAAAGGGCAUCCACACAUCUUCACACGAAUCCCCUUGCCUCCCUAUGCUGCUAGUAACAUCACUCAUGCGAAACCCUCUAAGAUAAAGCAACGGCAUUGUUUGAAUCAGCGUUGGGCAGUGAGGACGGCCUAUGCUGCUGCUGCUCUAGCCAAGGUGGAGAAGGAGUACAGUGAUGAAGAGGAAACAGGAGGGGUGUCGCCGCCACCCCCACCUCCUCCAGCUCAUGUUGAUCUACGUUUGGGUGUGUGGUGGACCUGUAUGUGGCGUAACUUCUUUGCACGAGGCCUGUCCCUGUGUAGAGCACCGGAUGGAUGGGACGCUGAGGCAGUGUGUGCAAAGUUGGCAGCGAGAUGUAAUGGUGUUGUGGUGAGUGAGGAUGGUGAUGCUCUGGCCUUCGGGGCUCCAGCCAUACUACGUAACGUAUGGAGGUAUCGUAUUCUUGAUGACGAUGAUGAGCCCUCGGCUGAGCUGGUAGAGCGGGCUGCGGUGGAGGAGGCACUUGGGGUCACUUCGAGGCAGUUUGUGGAGGUCUGUGUCCUGGCUGGAUGCGACUUCGCUUCUCAUUUGCCUAACUUGGGCUUUACAGUGGCCUCCCGGGCUAUGAGGGAACAUAAAGGGAUUGAGGAGUACCUCCGUCAGCGAGAACUCAACGAUCAACAAUUCAGGAUGAUUAAACUGUUCGCCUUGGGUUUCGAUUGGAAGGCGGCAGUAGAGUGUUUUGAUAAGGAUAUGGCAGAGGAGGAGGUGCGAUCGUUAGUGAGGACGGACCAUGAUCGGGCGAUAGCGGCUACGUGUCUGCUAUAUGGAGCGAGAGAUUCGUUGCCUGCAGGGAUCGACCGAAUCAGUGCAAUACUAAAUUUAUGUCGGGAGGCGAUUUUGCGGCGCAUGACGAAUAUUCUGGAGCCCACUUUGGACCCGGAGGCCUUCUUUGCUGAUAAUCCGUGGCGACAGCAGUUCGCCUACUUGACGUUCUCUCACGUGUGUCGGAAAAGUGCCAUUGAAGGCGGCAUUUUCGCGGCGCGUGACGGUGUUGGGAUGAAGCAAUAUGUAGGGGGAAAGGGGAGGAUCUUUGAUAGGCAGAGAAGGAAGAGACCGAAAGACAGAUUGGAGAUGGAAAAUUGGCGUAUGACAAGAGUCUUUGAGCCGAGUUUGAGUUUGGAAGAUAUGCCUCCUCUUAUGAUAUACUUUGGGCCGUGGCGGUACAGGAUGGCCUACAUUGCACGCAGGGAGGCUGAGGCUGGGAGUAUCUUGAGGUCGACUGUGAAAGAUACAGAAGAGGUCAAGAGACGUAAUUACAGCAGUCUCUCCUCCGAGCAGUCAGCUCAUCAUGAUGAUGAUCUUGUCUAA